CUGCGGCGACGUGCACGCAGCUGCUUCCGGCGCGAUGGAGGACGACGCGUUCGAGGGAGACCUGGGCCUCGCCGAGCGGCCACAGGAGCUGACCAAGCUACCGAGCCCGUCAACCGCUGGUGAAACCCUUCAAGUGGCCGUGGGCUGCCUCGAUGCCAGCGGAGUACACGACGAUGAGGUGAGCUCGCUGCAGAGUGAGCUGGACAUAUGCCGGCGCCUGCUGAAUGCCAAGUACCUGGCGGCGCACAUCCUGCUCAAGCAGGUGGGGGCUUCUGGGGUGCUCGGCCGGCGCUCAGACGCUCUCGUUGCGCAGCAGCUGGUGCGAGUCAGCGAGGAGAAGGAGGAAGGCACGCGCCAGAGCCACCGCCAGUGCGCCGAGCUGCUCAAGGAGCUCAAUGGCCUGCAGUACGAGCUGCAGUGCAUGGAGGAGCACCUUCGCCGCAGCCAGCAGGCUUGGCUCGAUCGGCUCAACAGCCUUGUGCGGGAGAACAGCGACAACCUUGAAACGCUGAGAGUGCAGGGCGAGGCGCUCAAGAGGCUGACCUAUACGGCGCAAGUGCUGCGGCGCGAGCGCGACGAGCUGCUGGCAUUGACCGACGUGAAGGAGCGUGACGUGUACCUGCAGCCCGCUACGAGUGCCCGGUCGCCGCUUGAGCUGGCCGCACUGGCCGCGUGCGCCUGCCGCGGUCCCCGCCAGGAGCCAUGCCGCUGCGCGCACGCGGCGGCCCACAAGCAGCGCCAGCUGGCCCAGCUCAUCGAGCGCACCAAGCGGCUGGAGGCUGAGACGCGCGACAGUGCCAAGACGGCCGACAUCUACCGCGAGGCAUUCGAGGUACAGCUGGCCAGGAACCGUACGCUCACGCGUCGCCUCGCCCAGAUGCAGUCGCGCAGAGACUUGCUCGGAGCGCUGCUCACCAAGAGACACGACAGGGGCCUUGUCGACGACCUCGUGGAGAAUUUGUGUGACAAAAACGAGGCCCUGGUCCAUCAGCAGGUUAUGGUCAAGCUUCUGGCUCUGCAGCUGGGACACGGCGAGCAGGUGUGAUUGUGGGAGCUGUCUCGCACGGAGUACUUGCAUCAAUGCAGGACUGCAGCAAACCACUGUAAACCAAGCCAAAGACACAGAACUACUACAGCACCACAAUUACCCCACGUUCCUGAGACGAAAUUCACUUACAAAACGCAGCAAUGAGAGUGGCGAGUCAGUCUGCGCUGUUGCCAGCUGCUGCCCUGCAGGACUUAGAACGCAUGCUAGACGUAAUAUUUUAUUACUGCGCUGAAUGCGACUACACUAGUCUUUCAAAUCAGUCUUUCAUGCGAAACACUCUUCUGCCUCCUUGCGGAAUUAAUGUUUCAUUAAAAGCAAAAUAAAUAAGUAGAUAUCAGUGUCAUUUUCGUUUGUCCUAUUCAUUUCACUCACAAUCGCCACGUUGGCACAGUGGUUACGGUGCUCGGCAUGGGCGUCGGCAGGCGUGUGCUAACGUUUAUUGAACAUAAUGAUCAUGUUUAAUUAACAUACUUUCGUACAAAGAUUAAUGAACGAGUGGCAUCUGUAUUGUAAAUCCUUUGACGCCCUGAUGCUCUCACCACGUGCGCUAACUAGGAGUUUUAUAUUUUCCAUAUGAGCGUGACGCAAAAAUUGCAUAUGCAAACUGGCGGCGAGUACUGAAAAACCCAAACGACAUUACAGACAAACGCAGGCUGGCUCGGGCCUCCGCAAGAACCGCGCGCACAGUCAACAGCCAGCACAAAACUACAGUGGUUGCUUGGGCGAGUUGGUACGACAUAUUGUAGGGAAACAGCGCGAAAGAUAAGGUAAAGGUAUAUAAUGCGUGGUUUGACGAAUAAAUGUUUGAUGU